AUGCGGCGAACGACGACGGAGGAGUUAGAGCGGCUGUUGGACGGACCCGAGAAGGAGUAUGACUUGGCGGUGGCGAAGGCGCGUCCGGCGGCGGACCUACGUUGGUUGUUUGGCAUGUUGCUGCUGCUGGCGUCCACGUUGGUGACAGUGACUUAUUUGACGCAGUACCUGGGGGGGCUGCGGAUCACGAGUACACAAAUCCCGAACGAGUCCUGCGACCUAGGCAUCGACGACGUGGGCGCGUUCGUCUGGCCUGCGCAGGUCGCCGCUUGCGACGGCAUUGUCGGCGGAGAUGCCAUCGAACACCUCAGCGCCAACCGCCAGCGCUGGGCCUGCCCCACCGGAGCCGCCAACAGUGUGACCGCGGAAAGCCUGGCCGCCGACAGCCUGGCCGCCGACAGCCUGGCCGCCGACAGCCUGGCCGCGGACGUUCUCUCGGAUCCGGACUCGGAUCCGGACUCGAGCUCGUCAAAGAAACCCCUUGUCCAAAGAUCCGGCGUGAGCGUCUCGAACCGCUGGUACGGCGUGUCCGUUCUGCGCUCGAUGCUCUUCCUCGCUAUUCCCUACUCCAUGGGCAAAGUCGCCGCCGCCAACCGACGAACGCUGCGCUUGGCACUUGUCGGCCUCACCCUUCUUCUCUCUUGGUUCCUUGGCUGGAUCACAUUCAAGAACACUCGCGACAGUUACGAUCAUUAUACUUGCAUGACCAAACUUCACGUCACAGAUGCGAGCAACCUCACCUUCGAACCACUCACCUCCAAACUCCCCUUCGUCCUGACCGCAGUCGACACUCUCAAUCUCGGCCUCCAACUCGUCUAA